AUGUCAACUCCUACUUCAGCCAAAAUCAAGAUUCACACCGCCAUAUCAGAUGCUAUUCCAGUCGCCUGGAAGAUCGAUACUUCGGAUCUCCCUCUCAAUGUUUCCAACUACGCUCUGACGUGCGGUAUUCUUACCCAGGAAGAAAUCAAGAUUGUACAAUAUGACGCCCUCGGUUUGAGGGAUCUCAUCGCGGCUCGUCAAUUGUCAGCCGUCGAGGUUAUUACGGCUUUUGGGAAGUCUGCUGCUAUAGCUCAUCAGACUACAAACUGUUUGACAGCGUACUUCUUCCAGGAAGGACUGGAAAGGGCAAAAUGGUUAGAUGCAGAGAUGGAACGAACAGGUAAACCCGUGGGUCCAUUGCACGGAGUACCUGUCUCUGUUAAAGAUACGGUGCCUCUUCGGGGACACAGAGGAUGUUCGGGAUUUGCGGCGUGGACAGAGAAUUCAGAAGCAGGAGAAGACGGAACUUUGGUCAGUGUUCUUAGAGCAGCAGGAGCUGUCUUCUACGUCAAAACGAUCGUCCCGCAAGCUGUCAUGCAAUUGGAAACGGACAGUUUCCUUGGACCAUGUGUCAACCCAUAUAAUACCCGUCUCACCGCUGGAGGUAGCAGCGGCGGUGAAGGUGCACUGAUUUGUGCCAAGGGAUCAGUCCUGGGGAUAGGAACAGAUGUAGGCGGUAGCAUUCGUAGUCCUGCGGCCAAUAACGGUUUAUUUGGAUUCAAACCAACAUCCUUCCGAUUACCCAUGACAGGUGGUAGAGAUCUCAUGGCUGGUCAAGAAACCAUUCCGGCUAGUAUCGGACCCCUUGCCUCAUCCUCACGAGACGUUGAUCUGUUUGUUCGAGUAAUCUUGGACGCCAAGACUUGGGAAUAUGAUAUGACAACCGUGGCUAUGCCUUGGAGACCUGAGGAGGUGGUUUGGAAAGGUGGUAGUAAACCCAUCAUAGGUGUCAUGUGGGAUGACGGGGUUGUAAGGCCUCAGCCGCCGAUGAGUAACACUUUAGCAUAUGCGGUGGAGAAGCUUGAAAAGGCUGGUUUCAGGGUGGUGAAUUAUGAGCCAUUCAGACAAGCAGAAGGAUGGGAACUAAUUACCAAGUUAUACCACAUAGACGGAGGAGAACGACUUCAAGAUGUCCUACAAUCAGCAAAUGAGACGAUCCAUCCUCUCACCGAAUGGCUGGUCAAUCAAUCGAAAUCACUAACAAUCUCGGAACUCAUGGAAUUGACCGUCCAACGCGACGCCUUUCGAGAAGCCUACGCAGCCCACUUUGUCUCCUCUAACAUCGACCUCAUCCUCUGUCCUCCUUCUCCAGGUCCUGCUCCUUUAUGCGGCACAUCUCGUUAUUGGUCCUACACCUCCUUCUUCAAUCUGGUUGAUUAUCCCGCUGCAGUGUUUCCCACGGGAUUACAUGUUACACUCGAUGAUAAAGCUGACAACCGAUAUAAACUCACAUGUAGACAAGAUAAAGAAGUCUGGGAGGCUUAUUCCCCAGAAGUAUUUCUAAACGCGCCUUUAUCGUUGCAAGUCGCGGCGCCGAGGUGGCAGGACGAGAAAGUUGUACUGGGGAUGAAGAUGAUCGAGGAGGUGGUCAGAAGUUAG